GCCGUGCGCGCAGCGGGGAGCGCUCUCCGCCACCAUGAGGCGGCUGCCGCUGCCCCUGCCUUGCCUCCUCCUGCUGCUGCUGCUGCCGGCCGAGGUCAGAUGUACAAUUGACUGCACUGAGGAUUGCAGCUCAAAAAAUGUAACUGCAGAACAAGGAACCAGUAGUAAUGAUAAUUUAUCAGUAAACUCUGCAAGUGGGAGCAAAACAUACGGAGGUGGAAGAUCGAUCAGGGCUGUGUCACCAUCCGAUGGGACAAUAAGUGAUGGAAGCAACGUAACACUGUCCAGCCCAGUUUAUGAUCUCAAGGCAAAAUAUGUUGGUAUGACUUCUGUCAUCUUAACGUGGUUAGUGAACGGCACUGCUUCGAACUCCUGCAGGAUAGAGUAUGGAAAAGAUACCUCUACGAAGAGCCUGAUGACCAAUGAGACCGAAAUAGAAAUUACCGACUUGAUCCCUGGGACAAUGUACAAUUUCAUCGUAUUUGCAGCAGUAGAUGGUACUGAGACAGAAGGAGUGCCCUUAAGGGUGUAUACAAAACCUGCCUCAGUGAAUUCAUUUUGGUGUGAACCAGUGGCCAAGCAGCCUUUCCUAAUGCUGAAAUGGAAAUGUCCUUCUGGUAACAGCUCCGGCUUCAAAAUUAUAAUAUCUAAUAUAAAUAAUUCAAGGACAAAUGAAGAAGACGCUCCACCCUGCAUGGGAGAAGGCUCAGAGGAAACCUUCAAAACAGAAUCUUUAGAUUAUUUCACCACCUAUAAUGUUACUAUCAUAACUGUUUCAAAUGGUUCUGAAAGCUCUCCAGUGUACGGGGUGUGUCACACAAGCAUUACUGACCCACCUCAUCCAAGUGAAGCUCCUUCAGUCAAGGUGGUCAGUCACAGCUCAUUGUCUGUUGAAUUCUCUGAUUUUGAUUCAUUGUAUGGUCCAUUAAAAGCCUACGCAGUAAUGAUCACAACAGAACAAGGUUAUGAGUCUUUGAAGUCUAAAUUGAACAACACGUACAAAGACUUCAAGAAGAAGAUGACAACUACCUAUGUUACAUAUGUCAUAGAAACAGAGCAGGCGGAAUCACCUUCUUUCCAUUCUCAGAAUGGUAAAAACAUCGUUAAUGUAGGCAAGGGAAAUACAAUGUAUGGCUACGAAAACGGACCAUUGAUUCCACUUCUUUCAUACAGGGCAUGUGUUGCAGGUUUCACUAAUAUAACCUUUAUGGCCAACGUGAUUGAAGGGGAAGACAGUUAUGUAUCAUUUUCACCCUGUUCUGAACCGGUUUUACUACCCCAGGAUCCAGGCGUUAUUGCUGGAGUGGUUAUUGGAUGCCUUUUGGCCAUAUUUGCUGUCGUCGCUAUAGGGGGUUUCAUAUUCUGGAGAAGGAGAAGGAAAGAUAAAAGAAAUACUGAAGUGUCCUUUUCUCCAAUUAAGGUCAAGAAAUCAAAAAUGAUUAAAGUGGAGAACUUUGAGUCCUACUUUAAGAAGCAGCAAGCUGACUCCAACUGUGGUUUUGCAGAAGAGUAUGAGGAACUCAAGUCUGCUGGUGUUCAUCAGCCCAAAUUUGCUGCUGAACUACCUGAGAACAGGGGAAAAAAUAGAUACAACAAUGUCUUACCAUAUGAUAUUUCGCGUGUUAAACUUUCAAAUGAAAGCUCUGGAACUGGUGAUUAUAUUAAUGCAAACUAUAUACCUGGCUAUAACUCAAAGAAGGCAUUUAUUGCUGCACAGGGUCCUUUACCCAAUACUAUAGACGACUUCUGGGAAAUGAUUUGGGAAAAGAAUAUCUACUCUAUUGUUAUGUUGACAAAAUGUAUGGAACAAGCUCGGACAAAAUGUGAGCAGUACUGGCCAGACAAGCAAUCCAAGACCUACGGUGACAUUAUGGUGACAAUGGUCUCAGAAAUUGUCCUUCCAGAAUGGACAAUAAGGGACUUCACUGUAGAAAAGUCCAACACACCAGAGAGCCACACAGUGCGGCAGUUCCAUUUCACCUCCUGGCCGGAUCACGGAGUGCCAGAGACAACAGACCUUCUCAUCGACUUCAGACACCUUGUUCAUCAGUACAACAGUCAAAAUCCAGUUGACUCUCCUACUCUGGUGCACUGCAGUGCUGGUGUCGGGAGGACGGGGACAUUCAUCGCCAUUGACCGCCUGAUUCAGCAGAUGGAAAUGGAGAACACUGUGGAUGUGUACGGAGUGGUGUACGACCUCCGCAUGCACCGGCCUUUAAUGGUGCAAACUGAGGACCAGUACGUCUUCCUAAACCAGUGUGUUAUGGAUAUUAUUAGAUCCCAGAGGGAGAAGAAAACUGAUCUUAUUUACCAAAACAUGACAGCAAUGGCAAUCUAUGAAAAUUUCACACCUGGGCCAGGCUUUGGGAAGGCCAAUGGCUACCACACAUAGUCCACCAGGAAUGCAGUUUCUCCAGGAGAUGUUACCUGCCCAUAGGAAAGGGAGGUGUUCUACUCAUGUUUUCUGGGACUGUGUGCAGUGUCUCAUGUAUGGCUUCUGCAGUUCUGUCUGCAUUCAAAGAAGUGAUCUGCAGGAGGAAAAACACAAUGGUGGCAGGAGCCGCAGGUCGAUGUUAAAAAGAAAAACCAACACAACCCAAGCAAAACUAUUUGAAGUUAACAGAGGAAUCUUGCUUUUUUUCUUGGGAAUUUAACAGUACUGAUAGGUGAAAUAGCAUUUGCAGUAUGAACAGUGAAGUAGAAUUUAAAUAUUAAAAUAAUAACACAAGCUUUUUAUUACAAUUUUAUAUGAUUUCAUUUACAGACACCAGGCUUGUGAGCUGUUUUAAUAUAUUUAAUUAUAAGUUUCAGGAACAUAUUUUAUCUACUGUAUCUGGUUACUUAGUUAAUAGAUAUGUGCCUCUGUGAUCUAUUUUUUCUGUGUUCCUUUUUAUUUAAAAAAAGGAGUACAAAGGGCUCCUUCAAAUGGACAUUUAUACUUGGAAAUUGUGCCUUUUCUAGUUGCUACUCUAGAAAAAAAAACAGCAGAGAUUCUAUUUUUGUAUGAAACUCUUAAUGAGAACACAGAUUUUUAAAUAAGGCUUAUGUCAAACUUAACUGUAGUUGCACUGUUGGCAGGGCUCUCCAGAAGUUUGGAGUUGAGUUUUGUUUUUGCAUUUCACCACAAAUAUCCCCUGCCUUAAUGUUUUGGUGCCUCUGCCAGAGGAAAAGGAGUGUGGUCUGUCACUCUGAGCUUUAACUGUAGAAAAAAACCAGAGAAAGUGAAUCUGUGAAUGUGUGUGCAAGGGGGUGUGUGUGGGUGUGUAUGAAGGACAGAAUAGCUCCUCCCUGUUCCUGGCUGAUAUUUCUGUUUUUAUACAAUUUAUAAUGAUUUAUUUAAAGGUGCAAUAUAUGAUUUACUGAAUAAUGCUCACUCUAUUCUAAUAGAGUUUUUCUCAGGUUGGUGUCUUUUUAUCAUUGUUGUUGUUUUUCCUCAAAUAUAUAAAUCUGUGAAAAUGUUCAAACUAAGGUUCCAAGUGUUCAAGCACUCCCAAAUAAUUGACUGGCUUUACUGUUUCUACCAAAACACAUUGUACAAAAUUCUGCUGUAAAGACAAAUUUCUCGGUUGUUUUAGCCAUUCAAAACUGAGACAUGUCUUACCUGCCUGCAUCUCAUUGAUCCAAUGUAAUUGUUUUAUAAUUACUUGCAAUGUACUGCUGCUGUUGUCUUAACUGGUCCUUUUAGAAACAGAGCAAGCAAGCAGAAACCCUCCAGUUGUUGAUUUCACAAGUCAAGGAUCAGAUUGGAUUUAUUUUGCUGGUACAUAACUGUUAGACUUAGGAAGGCAUUACCAAUGAAGGACUUAAGUAGCUUGGGGUGGGGGGAGGGUGUGUUUUUUGGUCUUUGGAUCAUUGCACUGGUUGCAUUGCAGAUGAAUAUGAAGUUCAUGAAUAAUGCUAUAGAAUAGCUAUAGAGCGGUGAAAAAUCUUAUGAAGGUUUAAUAACCAGAGUCCCUGGAAUUCUGCUGCUUUUUUGUUGUUUUGGGGGUUUUUUCUUCGUUUUAGUAGACUUGUCAGAAAAAGCUGCAGAUGCUAAGAGUGUAUGUGGCUUUACAGUGGAACCUGACAACCUCACAGGAUCCAGUGUCAGCUGAAGGAAAAUGUAGGAAUUCCUGAUGCACAGCUGUAACUUUAUGAAUAUCCUGAGGAAUUCUUUACAACCUGGUGUGAAACUGUGGUGUGCUGUGUGAGCAAAACUGGAGAACAGGCCACAGUGCAGUUCAGCUUUUGGUUGGUUGUUUUUGGAGUUUUGUUUAUUUUGGUUAAAUUUAUUUUAUAUAUAUAUAUUUUUUUUUAGCAGCCACUUGAAUAUGUUUUUUCUCUCUUUCUCUGAAAUACUCAAAAAAAAAAAAAGCCAACAAAACAAAAAAACUGCCAUGAGGUUAAUGAUCCUGCCAGCUCCAUCCAAACUGGCUGUCCACAAAGUGGGCCCAUAUUCUUCCUAAGCUGCUGUCAGUUGACAAACAAAGAUAAACCACUUGGACCAAACAGAACCAUUCCAAAGGAACUGGGAGGUAGGAAAGUCUGCCCCUUACAGUCAUGUUUUUGGUUUUUUUGGUUUUUUUAAGUCUCUUACUCUUUUAGUUACAGCACAUCUGUGCAGAGCACAGAGCCAGUAUUCAUUAUUUCAGGUCUCCCAAGAACUUGCUGCCUUAGGGUGGCAAAUGCUGUCUUGCUUCUGAAGGCCCUUGUUUUGUAUAGCACAGAGGGAGAGGGAGAUGAGUCUUCCAUGCUAGAUGAUGUUGAUUUCAUAAUAUUGCAGCAGAACAUCAGAAAACUAGCUAGAACAGUAACUGGUUUUGCUUGACCACUGCCCCGAUCCUCUUAGAGAAAACAGUCAGAUCUGUCCCAUUAGUUUGGUGUUGGAAGCAGACAUCAGAUUCUCGCUUGUGGCAUCAUCUAAUGAGUAUCCAUUUUAAAUAAAACUGUAUGCAUGUGUUUUCCCUAAACUGACUCAUUGUGAGAAGAGACUGAAGUUUGAAGUAAAUGACCUGUUGAUCCCGUGUUGAUAGGUGAAAAAAGUUGAUAAGGCUUAAAAUGUUGUAAAGAUAAAGUCGGGCGUAGUGUCGAUGUGAAUAAGUAGGAUCUGCCUUAUAGGACUUCUCUGCAGGAAGAGAAGGAGCACAGGCAAUGCUCCACUACCUUGUGGAUCUGUCUUGGUCAAGAUGACUUGAAUUCCUGAAAUUAUUUUCUCCCUGCCCUCUGAUGUUCUUUGUGUUAUAAUUGCUGAGAUCUGUCUCUUCGGUCAAUGUCUUCUGUUGCUGUUGAUUAUCUAAAGCUGUCCACUGAAAGUUCCACUGUGUGACAAUUAUAUCUCCUACAUUUCUGUUCUAUUUUUUUUCCCAUUUGGGGCCUGCUUAAGAAGGGAAAAGUUCAUGUGUUUCAAAUAAGUGACUGUUGAAUAUCAUGAAAUGAUGUACAAAUUUUGUUGUUUUCAUAUUUGUUGUACAGGAAAUUUCUGCACAUUAUAAUGUUUUUCAUGGUUUGAUUUGUUUCUAAAGAUAUAAAAUAACAAUUAAAAAGCAUCAUCCUAGAGCA